AUGUUUUGGCCCCUAUUUGAUUCUCAAUUGAUUGGCUUCAAAGCCCCAGAUCACAACCCUUCAAUCAUAAAAUGCACAAAGAGUACUCUUCAAACACUUUACGCGAUAACCUACUUUUCUUAUGAAACCGAUAUCAUUGACAUUGCUUGCACCCCAAACAUUUGGUCUAAUUCCUUUAUCAAUACAAAUGCGUACUGUGAGUUUGAUUCAGACCCGACACCUGGGUUAGUACCAUACAUUUACUCCCAAGAUUCGUGUGACUCAAUCAUGCUGUCUCCUAUGCAGCAGGCUCUUACAACAGAUUUGCUGCUGCCAGACUCAGGAUUUGGAGAAGAUGUUACGUCGAAAUCACUGUCCGACACGUUCUCUUUAUGUGAUAUGAACCAUAACAUUCUCCAAGUGGGACCAAAUGCUCGUUUUUUUGUCAUUAAAUCGUACAGUCCAUUGGACGUGGAGGCAGCUUUAAAGCAUUGUGUCUGGACCCUGACAGAGCUUGGAAACAAAAAAUUGGCAAAAGCUUUCGAAGAAACUUCCGACGGGAUCUUUUUGUUCUAUCUGGUGAACGGUUCUUCUCGCUUUUGUGGAGUUGCACAGAUGCAAGCGCAAAUUGACUAUACGAAGGAAACGGACAUUUGGGUAGAGUCAACAAGAUGGAAAGGAAUCUUCCCAGUACAAUGGCAUUUUGUUAUAGACAUUCCCAAUAAGUUCUUUCGCUUAUUACGCGUACCAGCCAAUGAGAACAAACCGGUCACCAACUCUAGAGACACCCAGGAAUUACCACAUGAAGUUGGCGUCGCUAUGCUUAAUAUUUUCAGCGGCUUCCACCUGCAGAAACAAAGCUCUUAG